UGGGGAUGAUUUUCUAGUAUAACUUGAAAUAAUUUGUGUCUAACCAUGUUAACAAGCGAUAUGCAAUGCGUUGUGCUUACCGUUUUCAUACUGAUGACUAUGACAUUACCACCUUGCUUGUUGUAUGAGAUAAAAGAACAGUACGUACAGAUUGGGGACAUGGCUAUUUUCCGUGUGUAUGGUGGAUCUGAUGAUCGAUUUACGUUCAGAAAUGAUGACGACGAUGAGCAAUUGAUGGUAUUGUCUGACACUGGAACUGAGGAUAGUAACUCGUAUGUGUGUCGGUCAAAUACAGGAGAGAGGACACCAAUUGUCUCCUACAGACUCGUAGUUAUAGAACCUGUCGCCACUAGAAUACAUAACGGUAGCUUUAGUGGACCGACAAUGGAAGUUAAUGAAACCGGAAACGUGAGUAUGUGGUGUAACGUGACAGGUGAACCCAAACCAACGAUAUCAUGGUAUACCUACUUCAACCAGGAAACCCCUACAGAAAUUGGAAUUUUUGGACCAAAGCUGGAGAUAAGAAAUAUUUCCAGGGAGUGUCCGUGGCGAUAUUACUGCUUGAUGGACUUUGCUAAGUAUCAGGAUAUGACAGCCAAGAAGGAAAUAAACCUAACCAUCAAUUAUUCACCGAAAGUUGACCUGGAAAUCUCGAAGCGCUCAAGUGAAGACACUGAUUGGCAUGAGAUAGAUUUCAACGGAACUGAAAACAGUUUUGCAGCAAAUAUUACAGACCGAAUAAGAUUGCAUUGUUCAGUCGAUACGAGACCGUACAACUACAGUGUAUGGUCAUUAAAUGGUGAACCCUUCAUAACACAUCAUGCAGAGAGUGGAGUUCAGGCGGUAAAUACACACCAUUUACUUUAUGAUAUUGCAGAGCAAGCGCAUGCGGUAAAGGGACAAAAGCAUUUACUGAUGGUUAUGUUAAAAUUCAAUUCUAAUCAAGCCUAUGGUUUGUACGAGUGCCAGGCACAAAAUUCAUUGGGAAAGCAGUCAGCCUCUUUUUACAUACGUAAACCAUGAAAAUAGAUCGUGUAUGACAUUUUGUCAUUUCGAAGCUGCAACGUAAAUAACUUAUUGUUACCAAAGUUGUUAUCGCAUGUUAGUCGUUCUGCAUGAGUAACAUUAGCUUGUUUCUGAUGAAGUUUUUAUCACUUAUUACAAAGCUCAGUCCUACCUUGUUGUAAAACUCCGUAUUCGCUGUCAAUCUAUUGUCAGUGGUAUAUGUAAUAUUUUAUUGUCAUAAUGACUAAUCUAUGUCAAACUUCAUUUCCGAGUUUACUUUUAUUUGCCAGUAUAUUGUUGCAUGUGCAUAUCUGUUUUACUUCAUUCUUAUGUUAGCUAUGCAAAGUCAAUGUUUAGUUAAGAAUUUGCUUUUAUUUGCCAAUGAAUUUAAUAUGAUAUCUGUUUUUAUUUUAUCCUGUCUUAGCUAAAUGUACGUUGAAUUCCAGCAAGGGUUUUAUUUGUUAAUAUAGUUUAAG